ACUUCCCCAGUGCCCUCUCCUCUGGCAUUGCUGUGAGCCUCCCAUAGAUAGCAGGGAUGGGUAGACAGGUGUUUGGGAAUUCGGGAGUCUCCUUCUCACUGACAUCUUGGAAGCUUCAUGUGCUGCGUCUCUGGAAUAAUGAAGACCUGGAUCCUUCUCAUCACAGCAGGAAUCACCUGCAGCUUGGCCUCUGGCAGCUGGUACACAGAUCCCAACUCCUGCAGGGGGCGCUGCCACGAGCCGUACAACAAGCAGGAUGAGUGUCACUGUAAUACCAAGUGUGAAAAACAUCGCAACUGCUGUGAAGACUACCAUAUGCACUGCAGCAAGGAGGGAUUCUCCAGCAGUCACGACUCCAUCACCAACGAAGAGCUUCUGAGCAUCUCCGAGCAGCUUUACAAGGUGGACCACAAUAAAGCCCAGAAGUCAGACAUCAUCAUUAACCCGCAGCAUCUCAUCUCGUCCGCCGAGACCAGAGACAAAGAGGAUCAUUCUCCUGAGCCACUCUACACAUAUGUCAAUGAGAAGCUCUUCUCCAAACCCACCUAUGCCAGCUUCAUUAAGCUGCUGGAUAAUUACCAAAGGAUGAUGGGCAGAGGGGAAUCCUUCAGUGCUGAGCAGCUGAAGGAGCAGGAGAACUUCCUACAGGAGGUCAUGAAAACAGAGCUCAUGAAAAAGCUUUACAAUUUCUUGCACAAGAAAAAGCGGUACAGCACCAAGGAGGAGUUUGUCAGCGACCUGAAGGAGAUGUGGUUUGACCUUUAUUCCAGAGGCAAGGAUGAGGGGGAUUCCAGCGGCUUCGAGCACGUCUUUUCAGGUGCUGGCUGAGCCUAGGGGGCCACCAGCUGGGCAUUCAGACCUACACCUGGACCAAAUCCACCAAUGGCAACAACAGGAAGUAUAUAGCGACUGCCUAUGUGACAUCAUCCUGAUGCUGCCAGCGAUCCCAGCUGCAGGGAGGCACGGGGAGGUGGAAGGGUGGUGGUGACAUCCUGGGAGCAUGCAGCUGCACCAGGAAACUUGGGCUUAUAGAGGGGGCACAGACUGCAAGGUGCUGAUCACGCCCUUCUGCACUUGCCAAGCCUGGGCCCUGCCUUGGCAGGGUUAAAUGAUCUUGCUGCAUAUGCAUUAUGUUUGCAUGAUGCUGAAGGAAGCUGGGGCCCUCCAAGAUACCUGCACAAUAAAGGAAGGAAGGAAGGCAAUGUGAACUGUCUGUAGCCCUGAAUAAGCGCCCAGUUCCCUUCCCAAGCAUGUGUCCCUCGUCCCAGCAGAAGAUGAUAAGAAGUGUUGAGUGUCUAAUGCGAUAGAUGGGAAUUAAUGCAGACAAGUUAAAUAAAAGAUGCUUUGAAGAAGUUGGCCUUGCCCCUGUGUGACAUGGUGACUGUCUGGCUGCACAGACUCCUCUCCCUGCCCCUGGGAUGUGGGGGUGCUAAUUUCUUCAGCUAAUUUCCGUUGGCUACACAAGCAGAGGGUUGCUUUGGGAUGGAGAAAGCUUCUCCUUCUCCACUGGCAUUGCGGCUGGGUUUGGCCCACAGGGAUUGCCAGGAAAAUUCAGUACAAGGCCUAUGGAGUUCCACGGACAUCUGGCCUAUGGCCACAGCUCAUCAAUGGUGCUUGGCGUUGGCCUAACUGCUUGCAUUGAAGUCACUGGUAGAACUCCCCUUAACUGCAAUGGCCUAGCUAGGGCAAUGCUGUGUGCCUUUGGACCGUUGCCCCGCCAAGUUCUGCUGUAAAGCUGGAAGCUCCCUGGAGACCCUGGAUUUACACUGGUGUACAUGGGAGCAGAAUCCUUCCAUGGUCUCUAUAGCCACUGGGGUCCCCGACAAGAUCUAAGGACC